ACAUUCUUCCUGUUCUUCAGCUCAUGACACAAACCUAACUUAUUAACCAAUUUACAUUACAUAUUUCUUUUCAUUCCUUUCUUCUCUUUUCUCUUGCAAAUAUGGAUGAAGAGUAUGAUGUCAUUGUUCUCGGCACCGGCCUCAAAGAAUGUAUCAUCAGUGGCCUUCUCUCUGUCGAUGGCCUCAAAGUACUGCACAUGGAUAAGAAUGACUAUUAUGGGGGAGAGUCGAGCUCCUUGAAUCUUAAUCAGCUUUGGAAGCGUUUCAGGGGUGAUGAAAAGCCUCCAGAAAGUCUAGGAGCAAGCAAAGAGUACAAUGCUGAUAUGAUUCCCAAGUUCAUGAUGGCUAAUGGUUCUUUAGUCCGUGUUCUCAUCCAUACUAACGUUACAAAGUAUCUGAAUUUCAAGGCUGUUGAUAAUAGUUUUGUGUACAAUCAGGGGAAGAUCUACAAAGUUCCAGCAACUGAUGUCGAAGCUCUGAAAUCUCCACUAAUGGGCCUACUUGAAAAGCGCCGUGCCCGGAAGUUCUUUAUCUAUGUUCAGGACUAUGAAGACGGGGAUCCUAAAUCUCAUGAAGGGCUCGAUCUGAACAGUAUUACAGCACGCGAACUCAUUGCAAAAUAUGGGCUUGAAGAUAAUACCAUUGACUUUAUAGGACAUGCCCUGGCUCUCUUUAAUGACGAUAAGUAUUUGGAUCAUCCAGCUAUGGAUUUUGUUAAGAGAAUGAAGCUCUAUGCAGAAUCCUUAGCACGCUUUCAGGCUGGAUCUCCCUAUAUUUAUCCGAUGUAUGGACUGGGAGAACUGCCACAGGGAUUCGCACGUUUGAGUGCAGUUUAUGGUGGAACCUACAUGCUUAACAAGCCAGAGUGCAAGGUUGAAUUUGAAAAUGGGAAGGCAGUAGGUGUGACUUCUGAAGGAGAAACUGCUAAAUGCAAGAAGGGGGUUGUUUGUGAUCCAUCUUAUUUACCUGAUAAGGUAAAGAAAGUUGGAAAGGUUGCUCGUGCUAUAUGUAUAAUGAAUCAUCCGAUCCCAGACACCAAUGAUUCUCAUUCUGCACAAGUCAUUCUGCCCCAGAAGCAACUUAAUCGUAGCUCUGACAUGUAUCUAUUUUGUUGCUCUUACUCGCACAAUGUGGUUCCAAAAGGAAAAUAUAUAGCUUUUGUUUGUGCUGAAGCGGAGACUGAUAACCCUGAAACUGAAUUGAAGCCGGGGAUAGACCUACUGGGACCUGUUGAGGAGAUAUUCUAUGACACGUAUGAUAGAUAUGAACCUACAAAUAAUCACGCAGAAGACGGCUGCUACAUAUCAACGAGUUAUGAUGCCACGACACACUUCACAUCAACCGUUGAAGAUGUGUUAGAAAUGUACACCAAGAUCACCGGAAAGGCUCUUGACCUUUCUGUGGACCUUAGUGCUGCAAGUGCUGCUCAAGAGGAAUAAGCUCUACCCAUCUGCAAAAAGUUAAAUAUUGCUUCAGUUUCCUUUCUUCACUUUUCAUUUUUCUGUGGAAAUAGUUUGAUAAUUCAGACCAUUUCAUAUAUUUAUUCAGUGAACUUGUCUAUUGGAAUAUUUUAUUCAUCCCUGUGAAUGCAAGAAUUGUUCGCAGAGGAAGGAUCUGCAUAUUUAUCAAUCUUUUGAUAUUUUGCCUUCUAGUUU